UAUAAUCUAUUUGUAAACUUCAAACUCAAAUCAAUAAAUUCGGGAUCUUUGAAUUUUUAUUAUAAUAUUUACAAAUUUACAUUAAUAUGUACAUAGACAUUUAAUUUUUAUAACUUAACAUUUACAAUUCUUUGGGAUUUGUUUUAUAAGUGAUUUGUAAAAAUGCCAAAAAAUAUAACGAGUGAAGUUCGAGAAAUUAUAUUAAAGGUGAAAGAGUUUAUGGAUGAAGAAAAGCGAAUGCAAGUUCCUAUUAUUCCACUUAGUAAAGUAUACGUUCGAGUUUCUGCUGCAACUGGUGUAUCUGAACGCACAGUACUAAACAUAGUAAAAGAGGCAAGACUUAUAGAGCAAGGUUUAUUAGAUCCAGAGACCUUGAAAAAGAAUCCUAAAAAGAGGGUACGCACAAAAGGCAAAAUUGAAGUUGAUAAAUAUGAUCUACAAGUAAUUGAGAGAACAAUACAUGAAUUCUAUACUUUUAAAAAAGAAGUACCUACCAUUAACAAACUCUUGCAAAUAUUAAAAGAAGAAAUUAAUUUUAAGGGUUCAAGGGAAACACUGAGAAAAAUACUUCGUAAAAAUGGUUUUCAAUUUAGAAAACCUAAAAAUAACAAAGAGAAAGAACCUGUACCAGAAGCAACUUCAUCUGUACCUGCUAUGGUGCCUCCAUACAUACAUACUAUGUUUAGUCACAAAAACAUACAAUAAUUACCUUUAUAUUCUUUGUUGAUCUAUUGAAUAAUAGAACUAUUCUUAAAUACUAAUGUGUUGCAGUCAAUUCUAUAUCUUAUAAUAUUGCACUCAAACUAGGUACAUUUUAGUUUAAAAACUAUAUAAAUGUUUAACAAAAUGCUCUGUCUGUAACACAUCUAUUUAUUUUAAAACAUCUAAAGGCUUUUAAGUCAUUUGUAGUACCAGCAUGUCCAAUAUCACAGCAUGAUUGUACGCACAACGGACCAACCACGAGUCUAAUUGAGGAGAAAGGAGUCCUUCUACCCUAACCCUAACCUAUCACAGCAUGAUCUGAGAAUAAUCAGCUACGCUAGCAACCAACAGAUAAACAUUAAGUAUACCAAUUAGCAGGUUAAAUAUAAUGAAAAUGGACAUAUAACUCUACAAAAUUAUGAAUUGAUGUAUUCUUUUUAAAUGAUAACAAAUAAAGUAUUAAUGUGGAGAUGCAUACUAGCUUUAAGGUAUAGAUCUGUUUUUAUUGUUAGUAUUAAAUGAAUUAUAAGACGUAUACUAUAAUGAUUAUUGAAUCUUAUAUUUUACUAUCACAAAAUGAAAUGACAAAAGUAAGUUUUGUCAUCAUGUAUUAUUUAGAAAUAUUUUACAGGUUCUUCAACAAGUAAAAUGAUAUCUCUUUUAAUUACAAUCUCGAUUUCUAUUGAGAAGAAUAAUACAAUACUAUAAUAAAAGAUUUAAUCAUUUGUUUUCAUGAACUUAAACUUAAUAGAAAAAUGUGACUAAUCAUGUAGUUAAUAUGUUAAGAAUCUUAUACGUACAUAUACAUAUUGUUUAAGAGUCUUGUUUAAAACUGACAACAAGUGAUAGACAGCGCAUGAUGAGACAACAUUUAAAAAGCAAUUUUCAUCUUAUUAUGAUCCUCAAAGGUUUCUAGUUGUAUCACAAUAUUAUGGUAGUUUGUGUAGUGAAGCAAGCAUAUUUCUGGCCAUUGUUCUAGAAUGUUGGUUCUGUUAUUUUAGUUCUGACAUGAAAAAACGUUAAAACCUUAAGUGUAUUGAAUCAAUUACAAUGAGGUGCAUUCUCAUUAAACUAUUGUUUAAGUUAGAAUUAACUAAUAUAGUAUGUAAGGCAAUGUAGUAUUUAGAAUUUAAGGAUUUUAAUUGAUCACUGUGUAUACAAUGCUCGUUUUGCAAAUGUGACUGUGUAUAAACAGGACUCAAAAUCAUUUUAUAAAAUAUAUUAUGUGGAAUAAAA